GCCGCGCGUCCCCGGGCGCCCCUCCGCAGACCCCAGGCGCUUCCACGGCCCGAACGCGGAGGCCACUCCGGCCUUGCGGAGAGAGAGGCCGGGAUUGUCGCCGAGAUUUGGGGGUCGGGGACGCCGGGACGGAGGGUCUGGCGGCCUCAGGGACCACCCGCCGACGGGGCUUCGGCCCGGGAACUGCAGGAACAUGCGCCCAGAGCCUCAGUUUGUUUGGCAGUUACCAGACUAUGUUUACACUUCUGGUUUUUCUCAGCCAACUGCGCAUAGUUACCUUCGCGUUUCCUCAUUGCACAAGAAGUCCAAAGGAGUCUGGGCAUGCUGGAGAAGAAGUCUUCACAUCAAAAGAAGAAGCAAACCUUUUCAUACGUAGACACCUCCUAUACAAUAGAUUUGAUUUGGAGCUCUUCACGCCCGGUGACCUAGAAAGAGAGUGCAUAGAAGAACUUUGUAAUUAUGAGGAAGCCAGAGAAAUUUUUGUGGAUGAAGACAAAACGGUGGCAUUUUGGCAAGAAUAUUCCAUCAAAGGACCAACCACAAAAUCAAAUGGCAACAGAGAAAAAAUUGAUGUCAUGGGCCUUCUGACUGGAUUAAUUGCUGCUGGAGUAUUUUUGGUUAUUUUUGGAUUACUUGGUUACUAUCUUUGUAUCACCAAGUGUAACAGGCAACAAUAUCCAGGUUCUUCAGCCACCUAUGUAAGAAGGGGCCGGCACACUCCCUCCAUCAUUUUCAGAAGACCUGAGGAGGCUGCCUUGACUCCAUCACCACCUUCCGUAGAGGACACAGGAUUACCUUCUUAUGAACAGGCAGUGGCACUGACCAGAAAACACAAUGUUUCCCCACCGCCACCAUACCCCGGGCCAGCAAAAGGGUUUCGAGUAUUUAAAAAGUCUAUGUCGCUCCCAUCUCACUAAGCCCAUCAUGGUGGAAAAGGAGAUUCCUGUUAUUUGAAUGCUUUGUUUUCCCUGAACCAAAGAGACAUGUCAUAUCAGCCCUUUAUGACAAACUCUAAGGAGCAAAGAAAGAAUAAGCAUGUGUACCACACCACAGAAGUUCUGUUGGCAUCUUGGACCUGAACUUGAUCAUUAUCAGCUUGAUAAGAAACUUUGAUUCCAUGUCUUUGCAGUAAAGAAGAGAGCACUUUUUUGUUUAUUUUAAUGGUUCAAAAACUCUGUUAUGGAUGCCAUAGCUAGAACUAGUAAAUAUCCUUUGUACAGAUAAAGGUUAUAGAUUUCUUGCAUUGAAUAUAAAAAAAAUGAUUUCUGAUCAGUAGAUUACCAAAGUCAGCAUAUUGGACUCACCCUUUAUUAGGAUUUCUUUUUGGUUGGAAAUACUUUACAAAAUUUGAUACUUCAGUAUAAAUUGGUGGCCUUAAUCACUGGGUUUUACAUUUUAAAUAAUUGCAUAGUAUUGAACCAUAAUUUGUAGGUUUUAGUUGUUAACAAUUGCUGUCAGUCAUGUUUUGCUAUGGGGAGUAGGGAGUAAUUUAAAGAAAAAUCAGUUGCUAGAGAGUUAGUUCUUCAGAGGGUAUAGGGUUGCAAUGGCAAGGAUUUGCAAGGGCUGUAAUACUGUCAAAUAAAUACAUAGGCUUCAAAUCUAGGAGUGACUAGAACUUGAUAAAGUUGCCCAUUCUACUGACAUGUCCAUUUUCAUUGCUAAAUUAUCUAUGUAUCACUAUAUAUAAUUAUUUAUCUUGAAAAUGUGUUGAAGUUUAUAAAUAAUAGUUUGAGAACAUAGAAAAUUUAAUUUACUUUUCUGCUAUUAAAAUAAUGCUGACUAAGGGGCGCCUGGGUGGCUCAGUUGUUUGAGUGUCUGACUUCGGCUCAGGUCGUGAUCUCACAGUUCGUGGGUUUGAGAUCCACAUCGAGCUCACUGCUAUCAGCAUGGAGCCUGCUUUGGAUCCUCUGUCCCCCUCUCUCUCUGCCCCUCCCCUGCUUUGCUCUCUCUCAAAAAUAAACAUUUAAAAAAAUAAAAUAAUCUUUUAAAAAAUAAUAAUAAUAAUACCGACUAAAGUUAUCAACAACCCCUUGUACCUCUUAAUGUCCAGACCCAAAACACCAUAAGUAAUCGUUUUAACCUAUACUUUUUGUCUCUUCUUCUAAUUGUAGAUAUGACUAGUCUUCCUUAAGAAUGUAGUAGAAUAUAAGCUAUAAACCUCUGGAGUGAGUGUGUUUGCACACAUUUAUGUAAGUGGGUGUGGAUGUAAAUGUGAAUUUGUUUUCUCUUUGCAGGAACUUAAGAAAUAACAUACUCCUGGCAAAUAAAAUAGAAAAUUCUGUUCUUUUUGUUUUGCUAGGCAUUGCAUUUUCCAAUUAUUUAAGACCAUGUGUAAAAUUGUAUUUUGUUUUAUAAUUUUUACAGAAGUGAAACUAAAACCCACAUGUAUUUGGUAAUUCCUUCCAAUUAAAUGUUUACAAAGUAUAAAUUAUCA